GCUCACAAGCAAACGYCUAAAUUUCUUUGCUGUGCACUGUUAACGCAUUGUGUCGCUUCCCCCAACCAAGUUGAGAUGCGGUUUGUAGGAACAGAGUCGAAGCAUGGCAUUUCCGCUGUUCGCAAGCGGUAUGGGUUGGAGUUUCUAUCAAUUGUCGUUUUCAGCCUUGCGCUGUUGCGGUUUGGCACCGAAACAUCGCAUAUAGUCCUGAAAAACUAUGGUGUUCUCGAAUUCCGUCACCCUGCUGCUGAAAACAAUUCAACUAACGGUUCGAUCGAAGAAUCGGCUUUCGAAGAGAUGAUUCCAUUGGAACGCAAUGCAACGAUCUCCUCUGACAUUGUCGGCAUGACGCAUAUUCCAAAGGAGGCAUCGAUAGUUGUGCACUUGAAAAAAAACAGAACAUGUGAUCACCCUCAGUUAAUUGGACGGCUUUCGGGUCCAGUGCUCACAACAAUUGAAUGGGAUCAACAUAUUACCACAGCAGAAAAUGGAAACGGGACGGACGGUAGCGACAACAAGUCMAAUUCCUUCAAUCAUUCGACUGAUGCGUUAAAGGGAUAUUAUACGACCCCUAUGCCAGGACAGUACUUUUUGGAAGUUAUUGUCACCUUGUGCGUCAACCUGGAAAUGGACACAAAUUACAAACCGCUUUGCRUCCAGGAUUCRUCGUUCAACCGCAUCACAGGUUCAAAUGCUAGCAUYGGUGUGACUUCCGUUGAUCCUUUUCUCGUGCGGUCCAUGGAGCAGAACGGAUCUUCAAUAGAAAUAAUUUCACCGGAAGCAAAGGCGAGCARUACGAAGAUCGGAUUUUGGUACAAUACGAAUUCCUCGGAACCGCAUGCUCCUGUUUUCACGAGGCACCAACCUGGCGCUCUGUGUCCCAAGGGUCCGGCACUAGGAUUGCCUCAAUGCACRGUUCCCGCGGACUUGUCUCGGUUUGAUCCUUACAACAAUGGGUUUCGAUUUGCGAAUCGUCAUUCUAYUGAUCUUGCUUCACUGCUUCGACGCCAACCMGAGACCACCAAAGUUUGUUUUGUCGGUGCAAGCCAUGCAAGAGUUUUGASAGAAAAAACGYUGGCCAUCGUGUCGGGCAUAAAGAAUGCAACAGUUGAAAUAAUAUGGAAGGAGAUAAGAUUCGCGCAACAAUUUGCAAAACACCAGAUGAAAAGUCUUGUGGAUGGCAAGUGUUCAAAAGUUGUAGCUGGYACGGGGCAAUGGGAUGCAUCCAAGUUCAAACCGCCAACUAUGUUUCAUGAUUUUCAAAAUCAUUUGGAUGCUGCCAUGGGGAAUAUGGCGGAAGCAUUCGAAAAUACUAGCAUUGACUUUUACUUUCGCACCAUGCACUAUAAUCCGCUCGGAAAUCUUAUUUCGUCUUGUCCACCAAGUGAUUGGCGCAAUCCACCCGUGGUGGACAUGUACAAUCGAAUCAUUCGGGAAUCCACGGCGAAAUACAAUGUAACAUUGAUCGACACAACAGACAUUACUGGAAGCAUGUGGGAUGCGGCUCCCGAUUGGUGCCAUCUCGACAACACAGUAGGGGAGACGGAAGCAGGAUACAUCCUYCAUACAAUCUUUCAGGACKUGUAAGGUCCCGAUUGAUUGUUUGAACACUCACACAAAAUCCAAGGUGCCUCUUCGCUUUUCCAAAUUAAUUGACAACUGACAA